AUGGAAGACGACGGUAUCGUGCUCAACUUUGACGUCGGAGAUGCGGAGACGCAUAAGGUCGCGCAGGGGAAGAAGGGCGGACGCUGGACGGACAGGCUAAAGGCCAAACGGGUAGCGAAGCGCAAGUCCCGCCCAGAGCCCGCCGUGCCCAGCAGGGUGGAUCCCACUGUCAAUGCCGUCGACGUCCGACCCGCAAAACGACCCAGAAAGGACCCUCGUGCGCACGAAGAGCACGACCAAGAACGACUCGCUGCCCCCGCCACCGCCCCCCGACUUCUUGGCCAAGUCAUCUCCUCCCUCUUCACCUCCAAUCCAAAAAUCGAGCAACCGAAUGCUCGCGCUUAUCCUCUCUCCAACGCGAAGCCCAGCAAUGCCCCCCUCGACUCCUCUACAUUCACCGGACUCGGACUCGAUCCCCUCAUCGUCUCACACUUGUCCGGCAAGAUGAACAUCUCGCGACCGACGUCCAUCCAGCGCAUGGUACUAUCAACAGUGUUGCAUACACUUCAGGAUCCCGCAGCGCGCGACAUCUUCAUUCAGUCCCAGACGGGCUCAGGCAAAACGCUCUCAUUCCUACUCCCCAUCCUCCAAGAUCUCCUUCCCCUCAGCUCCCAGUCCUACAUCGACCGUUCCAUCGGGACACUAGCUGUUAUCAUCGCCCCUACUCGCGAGCUUGCCAAACAGAUAUCCGAUGUCUUGGAAGGUCUCCUCAAGCUCCGUCUCCGUGCACAAGAAGAGUCCGCCGAGGACUCCUCAGCACCUCGCUUGACGCGAUGGCUCGUGUCUGGUCUCCUGACUGGAGGCGAGAACAGAACGCAUGAGAAGGCGCGACUUCGCAAAGGCGUGCCCAUCCUCGUUUCUACCCCCGGACGCCUUCUCGAUCACUUGCAGAAUACCUCUUCCUUUAAUAUCGGCAAGUGCCGCUGGCUCGUGCUCGACGAGGCGGACAGGCUUAUGGAACUUGGCUUCGAGGAGACCAUCCAGGGGAUUCUAAAGGGGUUGGAUGGCCGAAGAAAGCUCGCCGUGCAGGCAGUGGACGAAGGCAAAAGUAUGGAAGUCGGUGCUGGGACUGGAACGGGCGGCGAAGGACGAUCCUCUGUUCGGCGACCAUCCGUGAAGACGUCCAGAACUUGCCGGACAGACUCUCACCAACCCCUUGAUGAUCAAAGCCGUCGAGGCCGACGUCCCUGGACAAUCGGAGCACAAACAGACCCGAACGCCCCUCUUCCCUCGCAGAAGUUCACGCCCCCAUCGCAGCUGUCGCAGAAGCACGUAGUCGUUCCGCUCAAGUUGCGCCUCGUCACCCUCGUGGCCCUCCUCCGCUCCCUCCUCGCGCAAUCGCAGGCGAAGAAGGGCACCAAGAUCAUCGUGUUCCUGAGCUGCACGGACUCCGUCGACUUCCACUGGAAUCUCCUCGGCGGCGCUGCCAUGGGCGACGACGGCGGCGGCUCGGACGCCCCAGGCCCGAAGCCUUCGACACGGCGGAAGAAGGCGCCGAAUGGGGAACGCGUCGAGCUCCGCUCGGCCCUCCUCCCCGACGCCGCGCUCUACCGCCUCCACGGCUCCCUCCCACUGCAGACACGUCUCGCAUCCCUGAAGGGCUUCUCCGCCGCGCCCUCCGCGAAGACCGCGGGCGCCCCGGCGUCGUCGAUCCUCUUCUGCACGUCCGUGGCGUCGCGCGGGCUCGACCUCCCGCUCGUCCGCGCGGUCGUGCAGUACGACCUUCCCACGGAGUCUGGCGCGACGGAGUACGUGCACCGCGUCGGCCGAACGGCGCGUGCGGGCAAAGGGGGCGAGGCGUGGAGCUUCGUCUCGCCGAGCGAGACGGAGUGGGUUAAGUGGGUGCAAGGCAAGAUGCAGGGCGAUGGGCGGGAGGGGGGCGUUACCCUCGACGGCGUCUCGAUGGAGAGCGUCUUGCGGCGGGGUUUCGGCGGAAAGGGCAGCGGCGAGUACGAGGAGCGUGCGACGGAGGUGCAGCUGUCGUUCGAGCGGUGGGUCCUCCGGGACAAGAUGAACGCCGAGGCCGCGCGGAACGCGUUCCGGUCGCACAUGCGUGCGUAUGCGACGCACCCGUCCGACGAGAAGCACAUGUUCCACAUCCGCCACCUCCACUCGGCCAUCUUGCCAAGGCGCGCACCCGGCAGCGAAGGCGGCUGCCGAUCGCCCCACCGGGGCAAAAAACGGAAUGGUCGGAACGGAGACGCCAGCGAGGACGAGGACGACGUCGCGGACGCCGAGAAGCGUAUGGAGAAGGUCGUGCGCGCGCAGGGCCGGCUCACGAAGAAGGGCGGCAAGAUUGUUGCCUCCGGGACGGACGAGUUCCAGUUGGCGGGCGGGUACGAUCUGGAGAAGCUGGUUGGGACUCGGACAUAG